UCCGGGAGAAGGAGGAGGCAAAGAAAAGGAACGGACAUUCGGUCCUUGCGCCAGCUCCUUCGACCAGAGUUUUUCCAUGUGGACGCUCUUUCAAUGGACGUGUCCCCGCGUGCUUCUUAGACGGACUGCGGUCUCCUAAAGGUCGACCAUGGUGGCCGGGACCCGCUGUCUUCUAGCGUUGCUGCUUCCCCAGGUCCUCCUGGGCGGCGCGGCCGGCCUCGUUCCGGAGCUGGGCCGCAGGAAGUUCGCGGCGUCGUCGUCGGGCCGCCCCUCGUCCCAGCCCUCCGACGAGGUCCUGAGCGAGUUCGAAUUGCGGCUGCUCAGCAUGUUCGGCCUGAAGCAGAGACCCACCCCCAGCAGGGACGCCGUGGUGCCCCCCUACAUGCUAGAGCUGUAUCGCAGGCACUCGGGUCAGCCGGGCGCACCCGCCCCAGACCACCGGCUGGAGAGGGCAGCCAGCCGAGCCAACACUGUGCGAAGCUUCCACCAUGAAGAAUCGGUGGAAGAACUACCAGAAACCAGUGGGAAAACAACCCGGCGAUUCUUCUUUAAUUUGAGUUCUAUCCCCACGGAGGAGUUCAUCACCUCAGCAGAGCUUCAGGUUUUUCGAGAACAGAUGCAAGAAGCUUUAGGAAACAAUAGCAGUUUCCAUCACCGAAUUAAUAUUUAUGAAAUCAUAAAACCUGCAACAGCCAACUCAAAAUUCCCCGUGACCAGACUUUUGGACACCAGGUUGGUGAAUGAGAAUGCAAGCAGGUGGGAAAGUUUUGACGUCACCCCCGCUGUGAUGCGGUGGACUGCACAGGGACAUGCCAACCAUGGAUUCGUGGUGGAGGUGACCCACUUGGAGGAGGAACAAGGUGUCUCCAAGAGACAUGUUAGGAUAAGCAGGUCUUUGCACCAAGAUGAACACAGCUGGUCACAGAUAAGGCCAUUGCUAGUAACUUUUGGCCAUGAUGGGAAAGGGCAUCCUCUCCACAAAAGAGAGAAACGUCAAGCAAAGCACAAACAGCGGAAACGCCUCAAGUCCAGCUGUAAGAGACACCCUUUGUACGUGGACUUCAGUGACGUGGGGUGGAAUGACUGGAUUGUGGCUCCCCCAGGGUAUCAUGCCUUUUACUGCCACGGAGAAUGCCCUUUUCCUCUGGCUGAUCAUCUGAACUCCACUAAUCACGCCAUUGUUCAGACGUUGGUCAACUCUGUGAACUCUAAGAUUCCUAAGGCGUGCUGUGUCCCAACAGAACUCAGUGCUAUCUCGAUGCUGUACCUUGACGAAAAUGAAAAGGUUGUAUUAAAGAACUAUCAGGACAUGGUUGUGGAGGGUUGUGGGUGUCGCUAGUACAGCAAAAUUAAUUAAUUAAAUAAAUAUAUAUAUAUUUUAGAAAAAAGAAAAAAACAAACAAACAAAAACCCACCCCAGUUGACACUUUAAUAUUUCCCAAUGAAGACUUUAUUUAUGGAAUGGAAAAAAAAAAACAACUAUUUUGAAAAUAUAUUUAUAUCUACGAAAAGAAGUUGGGAAAACAAAUAUUUUAAUCAGAGAAUUAUUCCUUAAAGAUUUAAAAUGUAUUUAGUUGUACAUUUUAUAUGGGUUCAACCCCAGCACAUGAAGUAUAAUGGUCAGAUUUAUUUUGUAUUUAUUUACUAUUAUAACCACUUUUUAGGAAAAAAAAUAGCUAAUUUGUAUUUAUAUGUAAUCAAAAGAAGUAUCGGGUUUGUACAUAAUUUUCCAAAAAUUGUAGUUGUUUUCAGUUGUGUGUAUUUAAGAUGAAAAGUCUACAUGGAAGGUUACUCUAGCAAAGUGCUUAGCACAUUUGCUUUUUUGCAGCGCUACUGUUAAGUUCACAAGUUCAAGUCCAGAAAAAAAAGUGGAUAAUCCACUCUGCUGACUUUCAAGAUUAUUAUAUUAUUCAAUUCUCAGGAAUGUUGCAGAGUGGUUGUCCAAACCAUGAGAAUUUACAUCCUUAUUAGGUUGAAUAUUUGGAUAAGAACCAGACAUUGCUGAUCUAUUAUAGAAACUCUCCUCCUGCCCCUUCAUUUGCAGAAAGAAUAAAGCAGAAUCCAUAGGAAUAAUUAGGAAAAUGAUGAACCUGCAGGAAAGUGAAUGAGGGUUUGUUGUUCUUCUUUCCUAGCGAUCCCUUCAGAGGGGCUGAUCUGGCCCAAGUAUUCAAUAAAACAUAAGGUUUCUUCAUUAUUGAUAUUGUAGUCAUGUAUAUUCAAAAUUGAUAUCUCGUGGCCCUGAUCAAGAGUUGGAAAUUUAUUUGUAUGUUACCUUUACCUCAUCUGAGAGCUCUCUAUUCUCCAAAGAACCCAAUUUUCCAACUUUUUGCCCAACAUGCAGCAAAAUUAUGCACAUCGUGUUUUCUGCCCACCCUCUGUUCUCGUAACUCUCAGCUUGCUUUUCUUUCCAAGGUUGUGUGUUUGAACACAUUUCUCCAAAUGUUAAACCUAUUUCAGAUAAUAAAUAUCAAAGCUCUGACAUUUCUUUCUAUAAAGUC